ACUAAAGCAGCGUAAAUUAAUCUUGAUAUAAGUCAAAAGCUUAUAAUUUUUUUUUUUCAAUGAAAUGGAGACUUCUCAUCACUUCAAUUUUCCUAGGCUCAUAAUGUUGAUUUUUGUCUCCUUUUUUGUCUUACCAGUUCUAUCUAAUUUUACCUCAUUUUUGUUUGGAGACUCACUAAUUGAUGCCGGGAACAAUGACUAUUUGUUCACCCUUUCUAAGGCCAACUUACCUCCUUACGGCGUCGACUUCAAGCCUUCCGGUGGGUUGCCCACCGGACGAUUCACCAAUGGCCGGACCAUAUCGGACAUUGUAGGUCAAGCUCUUGGAGGCAAGUCAUUUCAACCACCUUAUCUUUCUCCGAACACGGAACCGUUUGAUGCGAUAGCAACCGGAAUUAAUUACGCAUCUGGGUCUGCCGGUGUUUUGGACGAGACAGGAUUCUUGUUCAUAGGAAGAGUACCAUUACGGGAGCAAGUAAACAAUUUCCAGCAAACUAGAACGUAUUUAGUGAGAAUGUUGGGCGAAUCCGGCACAAGAGAGUUCCUACAGAAGACAAUUUUCUCUCUUACAAUUGGGUCCAAUGAUGUAUUGAACUACGUGCAACCUACCAUACCAUUUCUCGGACAGGGCAAGGUCUCCCCCACCACAUUCCAGGACUUCUUGAUUUCCAACUUGACGGUUCAACUGAAGAGACUUUAUGAAUUAGGGGGCAGAAAGUUCAUUGUGGCGGGAAUCGGACCACUUGGAUGCAUACCAUUUGUUCGUGCACUGAAUUUACUACCCACUGGGAAAUGCUCAACUGAGGUGAAUGAAUUAAUCCAAGGCUACAAUGCGAAAUUGAAGCUGGUCUUGAACCGUUUGAAUCGAGAGAUGGGACCUGAAGCAAUCUUCAUAUAUGCAAAUUCUUAUGAUAUUUUCAUGAGCAUGAUAAUUAAUUAUCAUCGAUACGGAUUUGAUGAUGCGAGUGAACCGUGUUGUGGUGGAUACUUUCCUCCAUUUGUUUGCUUCCUAGGCCGAAAUACGAAUGCAACAUCAGUUCUGUGCAAUGAUCGAUCAAAGUAUGUGUUUUGGGAUGCGUAUCACCCCACUGAAGCUGCCAAUGUGAUCAUAGCGAAGGAGCUGCUUGAUGGAGAUGAAACAAAAAGUUUCCCGAUCAACAUCCGGCAGCUUUAUAACUAUAAUCCCUAAUUUAAGGUGAUUCUAGUUUUAAUUUUUUAAGGAUGUCUAUGGUGUUAUUAUAAAGUUUCACUAAUUCU